UGGCUCUGAAAUAACACAUUUUUUUCCAAAUAUGAAUACAAUACUUUUGUGUGUGUGUAUAAGCUUAAUAAAAAUGUUUUUUUUACCUCACUCAGGUUCAUAGCGUUGAGCUUGGCCUGUACCAUCUCAGGCAGUUCUUCAGGUCGCAUCAGUGAUGGAAAAGACAUAAAAAGAGAGGCAGAAAGAAACAAGAACUUCCACUACAACUGACAGGUUGUUACUGUACUGCAGCGCAUUCCGGAUUAAAGAGGUCAGAGGUUACCUCGCUGAUGAGUUCUCCGGCUUUCUUCGCCUGUUGGACGUCCAGGGACUCCGAGGCCUCCCAACCAACGCCUUUCAUCCAGUUUAGAUCUGACCUGUACUUUUUCUGAAGACACGUUUCCACAUACACUCCAGGUCUGAAGCGUACGUUUAUGCCUUUACCUGCUCGAGUAAAAGGACAAGGAGGAGGCGGAAGAGAAGGAGGUGCCCGAUUGUCAUAUGUUACGACGUGACUGAACUUCCUUUCAUUUUCACAACGCAACACUUCUUGAGGAACAGAAAGUUGACCAAACUUUUAUUGGAAGGAAAAAACGACCACAUAUCACCACAACUGCACUGUCACAACGUUCACACAGGAACAAUAACAAAGAAAGAUGGCUUCAGUGCUUGCGGCGGAAGCUGCCCCUGAAGAAGCAUCUGAGGAAAAGCUGACAGAAGAUGAUACAGACGCCAGACCUGAUAGAAGAGGGAGAUUUCUGCUGUUUGGCAGUAAAAAGAACAAGGAUGGCCAGAUGCAGGAGCAGAAGAACUCUUUUGAAAGCCAUUACAGAAUCGUUUCACCAACAUUCCAGUAUAAAAUGAGCCACCGGCAAGUGGGAAAGUGCAUCAUUAUCAACAACAAAAACUUUGAUGCAAGGACAGGUAUGAAUGUACGUAACGGCACGGACAAAGACGCAGGCGAGCUGUUCAAGUGCUUCAAGAACCUGGGCUUUGACGUCUUUAUUUACAACGACCAAACAUGUGCAAACAUGGAGCGUCUUCUCAGAGAAGCCUCAGAGGAAGACCACAGUGACAGCUCAUGUUUCGCCUGUAUCCUGCUGAGCCACGGUGAGGAGGGAAUGAUAUACGGCACUGACGCAGCCAUGCCUAUCAAAACUAUGACCUCAUUGUUCAGGGGGGAUAUGUGCAAAAGCUUAGUUGGGAAACCAAAGCUCUUCUUCAUCCAGGCUUGUCGGGGUUCUGAAUUUGAUGACGGCAUCCAGACAGAUUCAGGUCCACCGAAUGACACUCUGGAGACGGAUGCUAAUCCGAGACACAAGAUACCCGUGGAGGCAGACUUCCUGUUUGCCUACUCCACUGUGCCAGGCUAUUACUCGUGGAGAAACCCCGGGCGUGGCUCCUGGUUUGUUCAGGCUCUGUGCAACGUGCUUAAUGAGUUUGGCAAGCAGCUGGAGAUAAUGCAGAUCCUGACACGGGUCAACUACAUGGUAGCGACAAGCUUUGAGUCCUGGUCCGAAGAUCCGAACUUCACUGAGAAGAAGCAGAUUCCCUGUGUUGUAUCAAUGUUGACCAAGGAACUGUAUUUCAAUUGACAUGGCCGUAUCACUGACCACGCCCACGUUGGGUGAAGCAAUAAGGAAAGAAUCUGGCCCAGCAGGACACCGCAGAUUGAAAGUACCAAGUUGAAACAGCCAACAGUUUUAUUCACAGCGGCCAUCUGUGUUCAUUUAUCACUCAAGUUACAGAAAUAUCCAUGUUGUGUCAUCAUGCAGGAACAUUUUCUUCCACUUUUCAUGCUUUCAGGAAUUUUUGCAGCAAUAACUCUAUCAAUCAUCAAAAUCCCUGACGUUUAAAAAAGAAAUGAACCCUAUAUACAUGAUCAGGCUAGUAAAGGUAUAAAAUGUACAGAUAUAAUUUGUAGGAAACAAAGUAUUUAAUAGGAAUUUGUUUUUAAAACACCGAGCAUUUAAAGUUAAUGCCCACUUUUACAGAUGCACCAAAAAUCCCCUGAGAAGCUGGUUAACAAAUCUGAGAUUGUAAUGAUAGACUUGAAGAAUAUGCCUUCCUGGAAAAUGCAUGACAUUUCUUUCUGUUGUUUUUUUUUUUUUUUUUUUUUUUUUUUUUUUUAGCUGGCUCAAAUUAAUGUCAAAACAGAGAGCUGCUUUCUGUUUUGACUGACUUUUUUUUUUUUUUUUUUUUUUUGACUUCUUAGCAGAACCUCGAAGACGCUUCUGCCACAGGGGUUUAGUGUCAGGUUUUUAAAGUACACUCAACGCAGCAGCAGCAGGAUGCUGGCAUACUCAGGAACUUCAGUGUCCCACAAAGUGGGGUAAAUGUUAAUGCUGACUAGUGUCAGACUUGUUGCGACAGAACGGCUUUGACAUUUGCUGUGUUGUGAUUAAUUAAGAACCUGUAUAAGGUUUCCAUAUGCAGAUUGGCUUCUUUUUCAGGUCUGGGAAGCUUGAGUACAUACAAACCUCAUACUUCUCACAAAAGGCAUCGAGUUUCCUGUUCAUUCCAUUUAAAUUGGACAUUAAUUUAAAUUAUUCUCACAAUGUAGUUAAAUACAGACCACAGGUCAUUUUUUAUUACUGCAAAGUUAGACUAAGGAUUGAAAGCCACAUAUCAUCAUGUGUGUUAGUGCUGGUAUUUGUCAGAAUACACUCCACACCGUAGUAGCUGAUACCAAGUAAUUUCUAUAUUUUGAUUUUGAGGGUUUGCUUUUGAAAUUUUAAAAUGCAAUUUCAGUGCUUUGCACUUUUACAUUUUCUUGAGAAAUGUGGUGGUGGUAAAACUGUUAACAUUUUAAUCAACAUGUAUUGAUAUAAACAAGGCAUUUGGUGUUGGUCAUUAUCAGUUUUCACAUUGUAAUAACUCCAUGUCCCAUCAUCCAGUCAGUCAAAGAGGCAGCUAUUACUGUACACCAACCUCAUUCACAGGGCACACAGUGACGUUCAUUCACCUUUACCUUUUCAGAAUUUAUUUUUUUUAAAAAUCCAAUUCAUGUGCCUGGGUUUACACGAUGACAUCAUCACAGCUGUUGUUAUUUCCUCGACUCAAACCUGUGCUUAUUAUUUCCGGUAAUGCUGAAAUCCUCAAGGAUAUAUUUUUAAAAAAUAAAUUUAAAAAAAAUAUUGAUUUGAAACAUUGAAAUUUGAAUCUGGCCCAUGAUUUAGCUUUAUUUCGGGCAAGUUCUUGUUCAAUUGCGGAUGUAUAUUUUGUUGUAUUAAAGACUUUACUGCGUAA